GUAUGUUUUUUUGACGUUUGAAGAAAAACACCUCUAAUUUUGGUUCCUGGAUCUCGAUUUUCCUGUGGUUGCUGUGGCUCUUAUUCUUUCUAAAUCUGUUAUGUCCGAUUGAUUGUAAAUUUUUGCUCACAUGUAAUGGUUACUGUCUUAAGAUGUUGUCGAAAAGAUGUUUAAGAAUGCUGGAAUUGUAUAAAAAUAGAAAAAAAAGGAUCUCAGUAUGAUUUGAACUUGAGCAGUCCUAAUCACAAGAUAGCUAUUGAGUUUAUCACAUUUUUCUUUUGAUUUAAGUUAAUCAUUGGAUCUUAUUUCUUUGGGUGUGUUUCUCUCAAGUAUUGAUAAUGUCUCGAGCCAAGGUAACUAGGAAAUGGGAAGUAUUUGCUGGAAGAAAUAAGUUUUAUUGUGAUGGUAGAUUGAUGACAGCUCCACAUUCUGGUGUUUUUUUUCUUACUGUAUUUUUAAUUACAGCAACUUGUACAUUAUUUUUCAUUUUUGACUGCAGUUACUUAGCAGUGAAUGUUACUAUAGCAAUCCCUAUAAUUGGAGGCUUAUUAUUUUUAUUCACAAUGUCUUCCUUAUUGAGAACUAGUUUGUCAGAUCCUGGUAUAAUACCUCGUGCUACUCCUGAGGAAGCAGCUUAUGUUGAAAAACAGAUAGAAGUAACAAAUUCAGCUAAUAGUCCCACAUUCAGGCCUCCUCCUCGAACAAAAGAAGUACUAGUCAAAGGACAAACCGUCAAACUCAAGUACUGUUUCACUUGUAAGAUUUUCAGGCCCCCCAGGGCAUCACACUGUAGUCUCUGUGAUAACUGUGUGGAUAGGUUUGAUCAUCAUUGUCCCUGGGUUGGGAAUUGUGUGGGGAGAAGGAAUUAUAGAUUUUUCUAUAUGUUUAUAGUUUCCCUUGCGUUUCUAGCUGUAUUCAUGUUUGCUUGUGCUAUAGCUCAUCUUAUACUGAUUUCUAAACAGGAAAACUAUCAAUUUUUUGAGGCUGUUAAAGAAUCUCCACCUUCCAUUGUGGUUGCUCUGAUGUGUUUCUUUAGUGUCUGGAGUAUUUUAGGUUUGGCUGGUUUCCACACAUAUUUAACGACUAGUAACCAGACUACCAAUGAAGACAUCAAAGGUUCCUUCACAAGUAGAAGAGGACAAGAGAACCCAUAUUCCCAAGGGAACAUAUGUUUAAAUUGUUUUUACAUAUUAUGUGGCCCUGUUACACCAUCUCUAAUUGAUAGGAGAGGUGUUUUGACUGAAGACAAUAAAACCGAUCUUCCCAAAUUCGUCAAUAAUGCGCCUCUUUUGCCAGCAAGUAAUUAUCCCUUACCUAUCUUGAAUGGUCCAAAUCACACCUCAGAUCUUCAAGGCCACUACAGACAAACAACAGAAACUACCGAUAGUAAUGCUGGUAGCAUUACUCAACUAGUAACCAGUGAACAACCACUGGCAAUCACCAGAGCCUUACAAAAAACCGUGGAAACUGUUCCAGUGCAAUAUACAUCACAACCAAGUCUUCUAACCUCCAAUUCAACAUACAAUAAUGUUCAAGCACAUCCCGAGAGUAAUUUGAGUAAAUCUCAUAGCUACUCGAACAAUUUGAACUCCGAUUUCAAUAACGAUUUGGACAAGAGUUGUAGACCAAAUAUUGGCGAUUUACACUUGGAUCCUAUAGUUAUAAGAAGCGCCAAACAUCUUGCAGUGGGCAAACUAAAAGGUUCAGAUGCGAGGUUAGACAAUGAUUUAACUUUACAAGAUAAAGAAAAUAAUUUACUCAGCGCAAGUAGGUUGAAACUGUUACAAGAUACUACAAUGAUUGAAAGUGCAUUAGAUUUAGACUCUUUAGAUGAUUCUAGUUUAGGAGCAAACAGUAGCCAAGCAGGCCUGAUGAAAGUUAGUGUUUGAGGUGAAAGUCACAUCAAGUUCUGAUCAUGACCUGAGAGUAGAGGCUACUCUAAUCGAUAUAAUCAUUGAUUAAUUUUGUAACUCCUUCACAGUUCAAUAACCUGUAUUAAAACUACGUCAUGUAGUACAUUAACAAAAGCCAAUAUUUAUUGUUGUUUUACAAAAUUCAUUAAAUGGAUUCAAUUUCCAGUUAUACUAUUUUUAUGCAAUAACUGAUUUGAUUUUAACUGAUAUUCAGUUUAAUUAUGCCAAGGUUUCAAUAUUUUCAAGUAUCUCUGAAAUAAAAUACUUUUUUAUAUUGCAACAGUUAUUUUUUAUACAGUCUGAAAUUUAAACAAGUUAUAAUUUUAUUCUGUUGCACCAUGGAUUGAUAGCACUAAAUGAGCUUAUGUUUUUGUUAUAUUUCAUGUUUAUAAAAUCUGAAUCCUGAUUAUAAUGGAACUUCAAUUAUUCAUAGUAUCUUGUGAUUUUUUUCAUUUUCAAAAGUGAUAAAAUUGUUGGUAGGUGAAUACAGAAGAUUGCAAAUUGAAUUGAAUCAUCUAAAAAUUAGCAAAACUUGAUGUGACUUAAAUGAUACUCAAAAUGCAAGUUUUUUAAUUUUAAUUAAGAUAAAAGUAGUUUAAAAUGUUAACGAAUAUAAAACAUGGUUGAUAGAAAUUCUUAUAUUUUUGUUUUCAAUAAAUAUUUUUAUACAA